UCCGGGUGAGUUGCUGAACGAUAGCUCACAAUAGCAUGAAUUCGCUGUGAAUCGACUGACCAGGCAAAUCUCGGGUAACAACUAAGAAUGGACAGAGGCAUGUUCGCUGGCCUGCAUUCUCCUUUUCUAAACCUCCUCCCAUUGAGUCUGUCCUUUAUGAAGAAGUCAGCUGCAAGCCUCGUUCAGCAGCAGGAACCCAGGGCGGUUUGCCGGCAAGGGAGAGAGUGGGAGAUUUGAGCCAGGCGAGGGUCACUCCGCCGGGGAGACAGCAACACCCCCUCAGGGCUCCUCAAUGUCACGGUCCCACUCACUACCCGGGAGAGGUCUAUCGAAGCGGAGAUUACCAGCAGCUUCUCAUCGCCCGAGCAGUGAGGAAUUGGGAAGCUACGCCAAUGUACUGAGUCCUAGAAGCAGAACAUCGGGAGCUCAUCCAAUUGUUUCAAAUUAGUGCGGAGAUGGAUUUCAAGAUGAAAACCAGGAUCAGGAUUCCAGAGAGGAGGUCUUCGCUCUCAUGGUAAACAAUGAUCAGCACAAUGGCACAGGCCGUGCAGCAGAGUGGAAGAUCACAGCUCCAGUGCACAGAAUGCAGCUGAUGAAUUACUCCAGCCCACUGCACACUCCGCCUACAAAUUGGUGAUCAAUCAGUUCGGAAUGCAUCUCAGGCUGAUUCCACUCUCACUGCACUGAAUGGGUACACCAUCUCCUGGAUUAAACAUUCCAAGUCAUUAAUCCUAGCUUGUGUCUACAGGUCAGAUGUAUAAUGCUUUUCACCAGGGCUAAUGGAUUCCUGUGAUCUGUUUACCUCUUCCAUUUGAAAUUGUGCACUGCUUUCCCUUUGAAGUGCACAGCACCUCGGAGCGUUGGUUUAGCCAAGAAACAUACACCCCGCCCGCAGUAGGAUUGCGGAUGGUUGAAGUUGCUCAUUAACGUUACUGAAUCUUUAAAGGAUCAGACGUCGGAGGAAAUACUCGUCUUCCUUUCAGAGCACAGAAUCGGAGGCUAUCGGCUUCAUGCAAGCCAUCCUACUCUGUAGGAGCUGCGACGCUUUGGCUGAGCUGUCUAGUUCAUUAGUUGGUCAGGACCCCCUUGGAGUGCCGGGAGCUCCUUGACGGACCAACAUGGUGCUGCCACCGCCGGAUCGGCGCCACGUCUGCCUCUCCACCAUCGUCAUCAUGAGCAGCAUGGCCUUCAUGGACGCUUACCUGGUGGAGCAGAACCAGGGGCCUCGGAAAAUUGGCGUCUGUAUCAUUGUCUUGGUCGGAGACAUCUGCUUCCUGAUCGUGCUGCGGUACGUGGCUGUCUGGGUUGGAGCCGAGGUAAAGACCGCCAAGCGUGGCUACGCCAUGAUCCUCUGGUUCCUGUACAUAUUUGUCCUCGAGAUUAAGCUCUACUUUAUAUUUCAGAACUAUAAGGCUGAGAAGAAGAGCACGGACACUGUUGCACGGAAGGCCUUGACCCUACUCCUUUCCAUCUGUGUGCCUGGACUGUACCUCAUCUUGAUCGCCCUGGACAGCAUGGACUAUGUCAGGACUUUCAGGAAGAAGGAAGACCUGAGAGGACGCCUCUUCUGGGUAGCCUUGGACUUGCUGGAUAUUUUGGACAUCCAGGCCAAUCUCUGGGAGCCACAUAAGUCUGGCCUUCCGAUGUGGGCAGAGGGCCUCAUGUUUUUCUACUGCUAUAUUCUCUUGCUCAUUCUGCCGUGUGUAUCUCUCAGUGAGAUCAGCAUGCAAGGUGAGUACAUAGCCCCUCAAAAGAUGAUGCUAUACCCUGUUUUAAGUCUGGUAACCAUCAACGUGGUCACAAUAUUCAUCCGGGCAAUUAACAUGGUCUUGUUUCGAGACAGCCGGGUUUCGACUAUAUUUAUCGGUAAGAACGUCAUCGCGAUCGCGACCAAGACUUGCACUUUUGUAGAGUACCAGAAGCAGGUCAAGAAUUUCCCAGAGAACGCGAUAGCCCUUGAACUGCAGCAGAACUCCAUUCCGCACAAUCAGACAAUCCAUGAAACACAAGCCAUUCCACAGGACCAAACGCCAACGAGGGAAAUAGUGGACACAUGACACAAAUGUGGCAAAGCAGUGCAUCGUAACACACUGGGGGCCUGGGCAGAGGAGUUGGUGGGCCAACUGGAAGGAAACAACGCCGGACUUUAGCUAACCCUGUCCAAAAAUGUUGUGUGGAUGGGCAGCCAAUGAUCUGUGUUCAUCCUGUCUCUCACUUCCCCCUCCUCCUUUUGGUCUUCAGUCACCAGCCUCUUACUACAUCUCAGGUACAAUGUGGAAAACCAAGGGAAUGAACGGAGCUGUGGAAUGGUACCAUAAAUUCUUCAAACUAUAACUAAAGGUUUGGAUGGAAACUCUAGCUUGAACUCACCACGAGAGGCUGCAACACAAUGCAUUUAUUUUCCACAGCUGACGGCGCAUUGGUUUGUCGUUCUAAAGACAUGAGACUUUUCAACUUUCUAAUGUACGAAUUAACAUGUUUAAGUGACUGUUUUACAAACAUAUUUUGAGGUGCAGCUGUAUUUUCGGAACAGAAUAUUUAAAUUAUUUCAUAAAUCUCUGUCAAAUUUUAAAGGCAGGAGGAAGAUUGGAGGUGGAAAGGCAAACAGCGAAACAUGUUUUGAUAUGUGACAUAUCGCCCUUGAAUCAUCACCCUUUUCUUUUGGGGUUGGUGACACCUCAUGUGCUGUCCUUCACUUCCUUUGCACUUGCAAACUCACGAUUGUAAUUAAACCUGGACUUCUGCAAUUCUAGUGAAAAUUGCUCAGUACUUCUGAAACGUUGACCUGAAUCAUUCUUAUUGGAAGCUGCUGUCUCAUACUAUUGCCCCAGCACUUACAACACAUUGACGUUAGGCUCCAGCUUACAUCAUGAGUAAACCAUGAAUUGCAACUCUUCCAAGCAGUGGGUCACUCUUCCUUAUGGAUAAGAGAAGGGAGUUCUCCCUCAAUGUGAAGGAAACUGCCGUGAGUCCCACUUGACCUCUUUAUCAUGAAGGUCUACCGUAUGCUUGAUUAUCAUGUGAAAAUCCAAACCACCAAGAGCUGCUGGUCAGUGUUACCCAUUCAAGUCCAAAUAUAGAUCCCAGACCAGAGUCAUGGAGUGUGGGGGGGGCCAGGGAGUUGCCGAGAUUACUCCGUAGGGAUGAUUGGGAAGGAGCUCGGCAGCAAGGUGACACUAAGUGGUUCUCCAGCCACCAAAUACACCAACCCCCCCCCCCCACCCCCAAUACUGGGAACCUUGAUCCAGCCCCUCUGAGGUGAGUCCUACCUCACUUCACCUCCAAACCUACCCCCCCCGCCCCCCCCCACCACCACCACCCCUUUCCGCCCCAUCCUACAGACCAGAGCUGGAAUGCUGUGAAACUGGAGCAGUUUGGAAUUAUUUGUCUAAAGAAAGAUGUACUGGCAUUGGAGGCAGUCCAGGGAGGGUUGACAAGGCAGAUCCUGGGAAUGAAUGGACUGUGAGGAGAAAGUGAGGACUGCAGAUGCUGGAGAUCAGAGCUGAAAAUGUAUU